AUGGUCAUGAUGGCCCAGUCAAGCACUCGCCGCCCAUGGUGGAAGUCCAAAGAUUACUCAUUCUUCUCAAUCGACGAACUUGUUGCAGAGAUGAAGCGCCGCGAGAUGCCUUUCCACGAGCCAGAGCACAAAUCCAAACAGACCCGGGCGCAGAAGUCAACACUCAUCGACCGUCUCGUGUGCAACGAUCGAGGUGCACCACACUACGACAGCCUCGAAGAUGCUGACCUGCUUCAACGUGUGAGAGAGCGCGGACUGGACCGCGGCUUCCAGAAGAAGUACCGCUCGUGGCAAACGCACGACGGCCUUGUCAGUCUGCUGAAGAACAGCGACAAGAACCGGAAGUUCAAACCCUUCGCACGCCUGCCGAAAGACAUCCAACUCGCCGUGUACGACCACUACAUCGACGCUCUACCCGCUGAGCCCGGCACUCUCUCCAUGCCGCCGCUCGCUGCCGUCAGCAGAGGCGUCCGCGAAGACUUCCUAACCCUCGUCUUCCAACGCGCAAACUUCCAGCUCACGUUCAUCGCAACAUUAGACGAGAACAUUCUUCCUCGCGUCGAGGGCAGCGAAGACUGGCUUCUCCCGUCGCCCAAGGUUCGCCAGCUGAUCGCACGUAUGACACCAGAAGUCGCGGCACGCAUCCGCAAAGUGACUCUGGGCCAGGUGGGCCACUACAUCGAGCGUAGGAGCCCCCACUCGGAGGAGCAAUGGGUCGGCUUGAAGAUGAUUACCAUCGCGCCGAGGGAUAAGAACUAUGAGGUAGACACGGAGCUGUUGUGGCAAGUCAAACACGACGACGACGACCCAGGGAUAGAGGAAGACAUGUGUUGUUGUCCCUUUCGUGAUGGCACCCAUGAGGGGCGGUGUGAGCCGGCUAUCAACCUCGGGUUUCGAGAGGCUUUGAUGCCGCCAGGGACGACCAAGAAUGGGAAAGGGUUCCGGGUUGAAGACUUUGAGAACCUGGUGCAAUAUUGUGGGCUCCAGCAUCCUUGGUGA